CCGGGAUCCGCCGGCUCUCGGCCUGUGGGUGGUGGUCCUGGUAACGCCGGUCGUAGAGGAGAGCCGGGAAGCUUCCUCGGUAGCCCGCCAGCUCUCUCGAAUCAGAACCUCCCUCCGUGGUGGAGCAGAGGGGAUCCUACAGGGGAAAGUGAAGUGAUGGAGCAUAUUUGAUUUCGAGACGGAAGCCAGAAAGUCUGGUCUGUGCCUCACCACGUGCCAGCUGUGUGAUUCCAGCUGCAGCACAGUCCUCAGCAGAUAGAGACAUGAGAAAAAUACCAAAUAAUGGGAACCUGAAGAUGACGAAGGUGGCGUACCCUCUGGGGCUGUUCGUUUGCCUGUUCAUCUAUGUCGCCUACAUCAAGUGGCACUGGGCCUCCGCCACCCAGGCCUUCUUCAGCAUCACUGAGGUAGCCUCUGGGGCCCGGAGGGGCCAGCAAGCUCACAGUCUCCCGGGAACGGCUGCACACGGUCAUGAGGUUUUCUAUGGCAUCAUGUUUGAUGCGGGAAGCACUGGCACCCGUGUCCACAUAUUCCAGUUUGCCCGGCAGCCUGGAGAAACUCCCACUUUGACCCAUGAGACCUUCAAAGCACUGAAGCCAGGUCUUUCUGCUUAUGCUGAUGAUGUUGAAAAGAGCACUUCAGGAAUUCAGGAGUUACUGGAUGUUGCUAAAAAAGACAUUCCUUUUGACUUCUGGAAGGCUACCCCCUUGGUUCUCAAGGCCACAGCUGGUUUACGUCUGUUACCAGGAGAAAAGGCUCAGAAGUUACUGCAAAAGGUGAAAGAAGUGUUUAAGGCAUCGCCUUUCCUCGUAGGAGAUGACUGUGUUUCCAUCAUGAAUGGAACUGAUGAAGGCGUUUCAGCAUGGAUCACCGUCAACUUCCUAACAGGCAGUUUGAAAACCCCAGGAAGGAGCAGUGUGGGCAUGCUGGAUUUGGGUGGAGGGUCCACUCAGAUCACCUUCCUUCCAAGAGUCGAGGACACCCUCCAGACCUCCCCACCUGGCUACCUGGCGUCACUCCAGAUGUUUAAUCGGACCUACAAGCUCUAUUCCUACAGCUACCUGGGCCUCGGAUUGAUGUCGGCGCGCCUAGCAAUUCUGGGUGGCAUGGAGGGGAAACCUGCUGAGAAUGGAAAGGAAUUGGUCAGCCCUUGUUUGUCUCCAGGUUUCACAGGAGAGUGGGAACAUGCUGAAAUAACAUACAGAAUUUCAGGACAGAAGGCAGCAGUGAACCUCCAUGAGCUGUGUGCCAGCAGAGUGUCGGAAAUCCUUCGCAACAAAGUGCACAGAACAGAAGAAGUGAAGGAUGUGGAUUUUUAUGCUUUUUCCUACUAUUAUGACCUUGCAGCAAAUGUUGGCCUCAUAGAUGUGGAGAAGGGAGGCAGCCUCGUCGUGGGAGACUUUGAUAUCGCAGCCAAGUAUGUGUGCAGGACGGCGGAGACCCAUCCUCCUGGCAAUCCCUUUCUGUGCAUGGACCUCACCUACAUCAGCCUGCUGCUCCACGAGUUUGGCUUCCCAGAGAACAAAGUGCUGAAGCUGACUCGGAAAAUCAACAAUGUUGAGACCAGCUGGGCUCUGGGGGCCAUUUUUCAUUACAUCGACUCCCUGAGCAGACAGAAGAGUCCAGCCUCAUAGUGGCCAAGCUACCCCGGCCAUCCUCACAGAAGCGGCUCCGUCUCCAUGAGAACAGACCUGUGUGGAACCCCUCGAUGUGUUGGGAGAAAGCCACUGCUCAGGCUGCCACCCCUCUCCCUUUGGCCUUGCAGACCUGCCCCUGGACAGGCAGAGGGCUGGAACAUGACCAAGGCCCAGCAUCUCCUCCUGCCUCAGCCCCAGGUGGACAGUAAACCAGACAGGGCAAAGGGCACAUGUCAAGUUUAGGUUGACACAGGCAUGCCAUCCCCCAACCCUCCCCUGUCUGCAGGGUUGGGGUGGCCUUAACAUGUCUCUGUGACAGGAGUCUUGUUUUGUCUCCCUGCCCCUGUCUGGUCCCUCCUCUUAUCCCCAGAGCGGACCUCCACCUUCUCCCCAGAGACUUGAUUGGGGGGGCGGUGUAUAGGCUGUCCUGGCUGCUCUCAGGGUGGGCCAAGUGGCAACCACUGUGUCCUCUGGGACAGUGAAUCGGGUGGACUUGAAUACAUUGGCCUCCUCCUUGGUUAUGGACAUAUGAGAUCAUCCAGAGGUCUGUUUACUCAGGUUCUUGGAUGGCUUGGGGCUAAAUGAUGGAGUUGGCCCUGUGAGAAGAAGAGGGCUGGGGAAAAUACCUCUGUAUAUCCCAGCUCUUCAGAGGAGGUCCGAAAGUGAUCGUGACCUGCUUACAAUAUUUAUGGCUGUGCUGUGUGAGUGAUGUUUCUGUUGUGUGGUCCUGAGUGUUUGUGUAGCAACUGUGUUCUGAGCCCCAGUGAAUGUAUCACUACCAUGAGCCAUUUGCAGCUGAGCUGUAUUGAAGACACACACCAUCCCCCUGAGGGUCAUGCGGGCUACAGUCCCCAGAACUGUCUUCUUGAGGCUCUCCUGGGGUGCAGGGCCAUGCCCAUCGUCUGGAGGCUCUGCAGGACACUGGCCCUGGGCCCUCCUGCAUCGGGGUGUGAAGUCUGUGAGACAUGGGCCCCAGGGCCACAGUUGUUCCUGCAAUGAAUGUAUGGUAUGUGGAAUAAGCUGAAUCUCAUGUGUUCCACUCAAAAUAAAGAGUUUACAAGGG